AAAAAAGACAGCACAAUAACCCCUACCAAAAGCCCACAAGAGAGGAAGAACUCAGAGAGAGUGGUGAGAGAGAGAGAGAGAGAGAGAGAGAGAGAGAGAUGGCAUCAACUGCAUGCUUCCUCCACCACCAUGCACCCUCCGCCCCAAGGACUCCAUCACGUCCCAUGCCAAGCAUCAGGCCUACCCAGCUUGUCUGCAGGGCCCAGAAGCAGGCAAGCCUAGAAGACGAGCGUGACGCCGUGAUCUCCCGUCGGUUGGCUCUGACGGUGCUCGUCGGUUCUGCUGCCAUCGGUGUAAAGGUCUCGCCGGCCGAUGCUGCCUACGGGGAAGCAGCUAAUAUCUUUGGGAAGCCGAAGACAAACACAGACUUCUUGCCAAUCAAUGGCGAUGGUUUCAAGGUGAUGGUACCAUCAAAGUGGAACCCAAGCAAAGAGGUGGAGUUCCCUGGUCAGGUGCUGAGGUUUGAAGACAACUUUGAUCCCAACAGCAACGUGGCCGUCAUGGUCACCCCCACAACAAAGAAAUCCAUCACUGACUAUGGUAGCCCGGAGGAAUUUCUCUCACAAGUUGAUUACUUGCUAGGGAAACAAGCUUACUCCGGCAAAACGGAUGCUGAGGGUGGGUUCGACCGGGAUGACGUAGCAACAGCCAACAUAUUGGAAAGUUCCACACCGGUGGUAGGUGGGAAACAAUACUACUAUGUCUCAGUUUUAACGAGGACAGCUGAUGGAGAUGAGGGUGGGAAGCACCAGCUUAUAAUGGCAACAGUUUCAAAUGGUAAACUCUACAUCUGCAAGGCACAAGCUGGUGACAAGAGAUGGUUCAAGGGUGCCAGGAAGUUUGUGGAGAGCGCAGCCAAUUCCUUCAACGUUGCAUAAGAAAGAGGUGUGAUGUGAUAUUUCUUGCUGUAAAUGAGUUCAAAGCAAUCAGAACUACCAUCUUUAGGAUCAGAAUAUAUAUUAUGUGAGUUGUAUCAUAAGAGGACGGUGUGUGUAUGUGUGUGUGUAUAUAUAUAUAUAUAUAUGGGAUUUCCAGGUGCCACUCAAGCAUUUUAAUCUUAAAUAUCUUUGAAACA